UCAAUCAAGAAAACCCCCCAAAUAUCUUGUUAGCUUUUUUGCAAAGAAACGCUGAAUAUAAUAUCAUCCAAAACCGCUCUAGUAAUAAGUCGGUGUUGUCGUGCGCAGGUACAAAACCCGUACGCUAUCAGCUCAUAUAUUCUUCCCCAAUUCAACAAAAUCUCGUUUUCUCUCUCCUCUCCCAUCAAUGGCACGUCGGUUUUCCCAAUACCUAACCACCACCCUCUCCUCCUCCUCCGUCGCAUCAACCACCCUUCUAAAACUCCUCCCAAGUUCUCUAUGCUCCCCAUUUUUGUCCCACCCUAGAAAUCACCUCUCCACAAAAGCCCGCCUAAUCGAAAUCGACCUUGAAUCCUCCGAUGGCGGUGAAAUCGAGGUGAUAGGGUUGAAGAAGCUUGAAGAUGCUAUCCACGGUAUCUUCGUACGAAGGCUCGCACCCGAUUGGCUCCCUCUCCGGCCAGGUUCCUCUUACUGGGUCCCACCUAAACGAUCCUCCGACAACAUUAUUGAGAUUGUGGAGAGGCUCACUAAUCCUUUGACUGAGGAGGAGUGUCUUUCUCUCUCCUCUACUCGUGGUUGGCCCUCCUCCUCUUUCUUCUUUGAAGGGUCAAUCAGACAUAGCACUCCUGUGCAAGUAGAGGUGCAGGUACAUGACUCGAGCAACUUAGGGAAGCCAUCAGUAUCUGAGGAUGAGGAGUAAUGAUCUGUAUUUAUGGCCAGUUUACUCUCUAGCAGACGUCUGAUGAUAUACUGUUCGAAUCUACAGGCUUCUGCUCGUGCAAGGGUUGAUCACGAAGUCAUGAAACAUUUAUUCUGGAAGGCAAACAACACAAGUAUACUGGCAUUUGUACAUAAUUGUAACCUGUAGUUUCCGCAGCAAAAAAGUUUACUGUCACCUUUUUCUGAUGUCCAUAUGGUAAAGCUAGGUUAGUUGUGGAAACUCAUCCUGUAUUUGUUUCUUGCACAUCGACUCAGGAGAAAAAUAAAUACAAGUGUGAUCUAAUUUAUGCGGGAGCAUUUCUACAUUCUGACUCAAA